AUGUGUAAUCUAUUGAUCGUCUUAAUAACUCUCUACAUAUUACCUUCCACUUCGCGGAUUACUAAAACUGUUACAGUAGAUAGUCCAUGUCUUCCAGACCUUCGUGCUGAGAGUCUCAAAUAUAUUGGCCUGUCUGGUCCGGCUGGUACCCUCUCAUAUAUUUAUAGCAGUUGUUACAAAAGUGUACCAGACAACACAAGUCGGUUGAUAUCGAUGUCGACGCACACUGAAUGUUAUAUUCCACACGCUCAUUUCUAUCAAAUCUUUCAAGGCGAACACAUUUCACGAUGUGGGUCUUGUAUUGAAAUUACUGGACCUUCGCUGAAGACUGCGUCAUGCACUGUUGUGGGUUCUUUUAAAAUGAAUUUUUCAAAAGAAGAUAAUAACUCUAAUGCUCUUAUCCAUUCAUCAGAAAGAACAAUUUUUGUUAAUGACCAAUUGUUCCAUUUUUAUAGUGGAUACACUGAAGAAGGUAAUAUAGGGUCCGCUCUUCCUAUAGUCGCUCGAUUUGUUGAUUGUCCAUAUAAAACAUUUCCAACGGCCAUUAUAACUCAAAUCGUUGAAGAAAAACAGAAAAACACAGAAAAUGCUUUUUCUAUGGAAAACAAAAAAUUUUGUACACAAAAGUGUCACAUCAAAAAUAAAGAAAAAAUUUUUACAAAAGUUUUUAAAAAAAUUCCAAACAAAGAAAUUCAAAAACGUUUCCAACAUUUUAAUAACACUUUUAUUCAUCAUGAAAGAAUCAAAGAAAACACUUCAAAAUACACUUUUAAUGAAAAUUCAUAUAAUGAAGACACAGAAAUUUGCGUGAAAAAGUGCUUAAUAGAAAGUGCACAAAACAAUAUUAAAAAAAGUACAACACAAUACGCCAAAAUAGCUCUUUAUAAUACUAAUCAAAUAGUUUCUAAAAUAAUAUAUAACAAUCAAGUCUUUCAUAUUAAUGAAGAUACUAUGGAAUAUACUAUUCCUUUAUCAUCUCUACAAAGUAAUAGUAAUAGUAGUGUUAUUAAAAAACAUCUUUAUUUAAAAAUAUAUGACCUCUUUUGGGGACAUACUAAUAUCCCUUUUAAGUUCAUAGAAAACACCGAUUUCGUAUCUAACUCACUCACAACUAAUCACUUUUUAGACACAAAAUGCUACUUACGACCUAAUCCGGGAUUUACACCAAAUGAAAAAUAUGAAGACCCAUAUAUGGUAUGGUCUUUAAGAGUUCAUGAUAAAAAGGACUUAUCAAAAUCGUAUCAAGUGAAUGGUAGUGUCAUCAAUUUUGAAAGUGAAUUGUACAUCUCAGUCAACUUCCCAUUCCCUAUUAAGUUGUCCAAACACUAUAAAACUUUCUUUGCAAGUCUCAGUGUCAAUAUUGUGUUUUUGGAACUCCCGACUUUCGAGUUUUACACACAUUUUGGAGAUGUCACACAAUUGAAAAGAGUCAAUUGCUCACGGGAAUUCGUUAUGAAUCGAACAGCAAGUAUACAAGACGGUUUAAUUCACAUCGAAAACACUGCGGCUUUUAAUAUAGCAAGGUGUAACGCAGCAACAAAUUUGUUGAUGAUGCACUACAAGACAGGGAAAAACACAACGAUGUAUAUAAAGUCGCUUACAUUCACAGAUGUGAACGAUCUCAAUUACACUAAAUGCACUUUAAAUGAUUACAUGUGUACACUAGAAGAUGAAUGUGAUGCUCGUAAUUCGACAAUAGACUCAGAAGAUAAUAAUUUGAGGACAUAUGUAGAUGGGUGUGUACCCUUAUGUGGGGUGUGUUCGGGUGGAUAUGUUUGUAACAAAGCAGCCAGAUGUGUUCCUCUUAAGUAUCACAACACCAGGAGUUAUUCAACUACUGUAUUAGUCUUAUUAAUUGUAAUAAUAGUAAUGACUUUGUAA